AAUUCCUCGGCGCGGGAGGGAGGUGGGGUAUUUCAACCGCUGUUUUCUUUUGCUAAAUAAACACGGUUUAUUUAUUUAAAAAAAACAAAAAAACGUCGCACUAGUUCUCCGCUCGGCGGACGGAUACCCAGACGCAGCCGGGACUCCGUGCGCGCGGAGCUGAAUGGAGGCAGCCUCUUCCUGGUGGAUAAACAGUGACAGCUACAGGGCAGCCUCUCAGAGCCCCCAAAAAACACCGCCGACAUGGCUUCAGACAGUACACUCAUCGCGCAGUUGACUUCUGAGCUCUACUUCCUAAUAGCCCGGUUCCUAGAAGCCGGACCGUGUCAGAAAGCAGCCCAGACCCUGAUAAGGGAGGUGGAGGAGAAGGAGCUGCUGCCCAUACGCCUGGACUGGACCGGGCAGGAGCACCCCGGGACCUACGAGGAUCUGGUGAAGCUGUACCGCCACAUCCGUCCAGACCACCUGCUGCAGGUCUGCUCCAGAGUUUGUCCCCUGCUGGAGACCGAUGUCCCCGCCAGCGUCCCUGGACUCAACAGCCUGUUGGGGGCGGGCCGGCAGAACCUCCUCCGCACCAGCAAGAGCUGCAAGCAUGUGGUGUGGAAGGGCUCGGCGCUCGCCGCGCUGCACUGCGGGCGCCCCCCGGAGCCGCCGGUCAUCUACGGGAGCCCCCCCAGCAUCGUCGAGACGAACUUCGGCCGCCGGCUGAACGGCUCGUACCGCCUCCGGCAGCUGGUGCCCACCGUGGUGUACCUGCACAUGAAGAUGCACAAGAGGAUCCUGGGACACCUGUCCUCCGUGUACUGCGUCACCUUCGACCGGACGGGCCGGCGCAUCUUCACGGGCUCAGACGACUGCCUGGUGAAGAUCUGGGGGACGGACGACGGGCGCCUGCUCGCCACGCUGCGCGGACACGCCGCCGAGAUAUCCGACAUGACCGUGAGCUACGAGAACACCAUGAUCGCCGCCGGCUCCUGCGACAAGACCAUCCGGGUGUGGUGCCUGCAGACCUGCGCCCCCCUGGCCGUCCUGGAGGGGCACGCGGCCUCCAUCACCUCGCUGCAGUUCUCGCCCCUCUGCUGCGGCUCGAAGCGCUACCUGUCCUCCACCGGGGCGGACGGCACCAUCUGCUUCUGGCAGUGGGACGCGCGCACGCUCAAGUUCUGUCAGAGGCCCAGUAAAUUCACAGAGCGCUCCAGACCCGGUGUCCAGAUGAUCUGCUCCUCCUUCAGCGCCGGCGGUAUGUUCCUGGCCACAGGAAGCACGGAUCACAUCAUCAGGGUGUACUACUUUGGGUCCGGCCAACCGGAGAAGAUCUCUGAACUCGAGUCCCACACGGACAAAGUUGACAGCAUCCAGUUCUCCCAUUGCAGUGACAGGUUCGUAAGCGGCAGCAGGGAUGGUACAGCGCGCAUCUGGCAGCUGCAGCCUCAGGGCUGGAGGAGCAUUCUGCUGGACAUGCAGACCAAACUACCCGGGAAGUACAACCCCCCUCCGCUGGAGGACAAGGUCACCAAGCUGAAGGUCACCAUGGUAGCGUGGGACCGCCACGACGGCACGGUGAUCACUGCGGCCAACAACCUGACGCUGAAGGUGUGGAACUCCACCACCGGCGGCCUGGUGCACGUCCUGAUGGGCCACGAGGACGAGGUGUUUGUCCUGGAGCCACACCCCUUUGACCCCAGGAUCCUGUUCUCGGCGGGGCACGACGGCAACUGCAUCGUGUGGGACCUGCACAGAGGAGUCAAGAUCCGCUCCUAUUUCAACAUGAUCGAGGGCCAAGGCCACGGGGCGCUGUUUGACUGUAAGUGCAGUCCAGACGGGCAGCAUUUCGCCGCCACCGACUCCCACGGACACCUGCUCAUCUUCGGCUUCGGCUCCAGCAGCAAAUAUGACAAGAUAGCGGACCAGAUGUUCUUCCACACCGACUACCGGCCGCUGAUCCGAGACGCCAACAACUACGUGCUGGACGAGCAGACCCAGCAGGCGCCGCACCUGAUGCCCCCCCCCUUCCUGGUGGACGUGGACGGGAACCCCCACCCGCCCAGAUACCAGCGGCUGGUGCCCGGCAGGGAGGGCUGCAGGGACGAGCAGCUCAUCCCGCAGAUGGGGGUCACUUCCUCAGGCCUAAACCAGGUGGUGAGCGAGCAGGCGGUGGACGGCUCCAGUCCCCUGGACACGAUGAUUCAGAGGCUGCAGCAGGAGCAGGACCAACGACGGGGAACCAACGACCCUUCUGCUCCUGCAAACGCCAGGUCCAACAGAGGAUCCGUGGGUUCCCCCACCGAGGUGCACUCUCCGCCCAACGUGGGCCUGCGGCGCAGCGGGCAGAUCGAGGGGGUCCGCCAGAUGCACAGCAACGCCCCGCUGAGCCAGAUGGCCACGGAGGGGGACCUGGUGGCCUGGAGCCGCAGGGUGCUGGUCCCCGAGCUGGAGGACGCCUCCGUCAGGAGACAGAUCACCUGGCGCGAGGCUAAAGGGGAGGAGGAGAUCAAUAUUUAUCAGUCAGAGAGGAGGCGACGUACCAUCCACUCCCUCCCCAAGGAGAGCAGGGGUCACCCGACGCCCGAGGCGGUCGACGAAGGGAGGCGGAGCCAGGGUAACCACGGCUACCACACGCGAGCCGCCAUGGAGGAGACGAGCCGCCAGAGCGCCGAGGCCGCCGACGACGAAGAGGAAACCUCCGAGGGGGAGGCGGAGGUGCGGCAAAUCAACGGUCAUUCCUCGGAGGAGGAGAAGGAGGAGGGGCCAAAGGAGGCCUGGCCGGAUGACCACAGUAGUUCGAGCGACUACUCCAGCGACUACUCCGACUGGACGGCGGACGCCGGCAUCAACCUCGAGCCGCCCAAGAAGAGUGUGAGGGUGAAGAAGAAGAGCAGCGGCUCGGAGGAAGACGGGGAGAAGAAGAGGGACGGGAAGAAGGAGAGGAAGAAGGACAAGGCGGACAAAGACGAGGCGUUACCAAAGAAGAAGCAGCCAAAGGAGAAGAGGAAGGCAGAGUUCCAGGAGCAAGGGAUGACUCUGGAGGAGUGGCUUCCUGCCGCCUGGAUCACAGACACCGUCCCCCGCAGGUGUCCUUACAUUCCACAGAUGGGAGACGAGCUCUACUACUUCAGACAGGGCCAUGAAGCCUACGUGGAGAUGGCCAAACAGAAGAAGAUUUACAGCAUCAAUCCCAAGAAGCAGCCCUGGCACAAGAUGGAGCUCCGGGAGCAGGAGCUGAUGAAGAUCGUUGGCAUCAAGUACGAGGUGGGCUUGCCCACGCUGUGCUGCCUGAAGCUUUCCUUCCUGGACCCCGACACCGGCAAGCUGACCGGAGGAUCCUUCUCCAUGAAGUACCACGACAUGCCCGACGUCAUCGACUUCCUGGUCCUGCGCCAGCAGUUCGACAACGCCAGAAAGAGGCAGUGGAGCAUAGGUGACCGGUUCCGGUCGGUCAUCGAUGACGCCUGGUGGUUUGGGACCAUCGAGAGCCAGGAGCCCUUCCAGCCGCAGUAUCCCGACAGCCUGUUCCAGUGCUACAACGUCUGCUGGGAUAAUGGAGACACGGAGAAGAUGAGCCCCUGGGACAUGGAGCCCAUCCCUGACGACGCCACGUUCCCCGACGAGUUGGGCACGAGCGUCCCGCUGGUGGAGGAGGAGCAGAAGGAGCUGCUGUACGUCCCGCUGGACGGGGAGUGGGGCUGCCGCACGCGCUCAGACGAGUGCGAGCGCAUCAUCAAGGCCAUCGACCAGCUGUGCACACUCGAUGUGGCGGCGCCGUUCGCCUUUCCAGUGGACCUCCAGGCUUACCCCACCUACUGCACGGUGGUGGCCUACGUCACUGACCUCAGCACCAUCCGCGAGAGGCUGGUGAACCGCUUCUACAGGCGCCUGUCCUCUCUGAUGUGGGAGCUUCGCUACCUGGAGCACAACGCCCAAGCGUUCAACGAGCCGGGAGCCUUCAUCGUCACCACCGCCAAGUUUGUGUCUGACCUCAUGCUGCAGUUCAUCAAGGACCAAAACAUGACGGACCUCAUGCCGCUCUAUAAGACCAUGAAGAAGGCCACCUUCUCUGACUCUGAAGAUGAGGACGAGGAGGAGGACGACGAAGACACUAACACCCCCGGAACGUCCACGCGAAACCACAAGGGGCGGCGACCCGCGCGGCGCCGGCAGCUGCGGACCCGCCCCCCGUCGUACGACCCUCAUGCCUGGCGGGGGCGCUGCAAGGAUCUGCUGGACCUCAUCUUCCAGUGCGAAGACUCGGAGCCCUUCAGAGAGCCCGUGGACCUACAGGAAUACCCGGACUACCUGCAGAUAGUCGACUCGCCGAUGGACUUCGGCACCGUCCUCAAGGCGCUCGAGGACGGGAAGUACCAGUCUCCCAUCCCGCUGUGCAGGGACGUCCGACUCAUCUUCAGCAACUCCAAAGCUUACACGCCCAGUAAGAAGUCCCGGAUCUACAGCAUGAGUCUGCGGCUCUCCGCCCUGUUCGAGGAGCACGUGGGCUCCAUCCUGUCCGACUACAAGGCCAUCCACGGCCUGACGGAGAAGCUGACCCGGCAGGGGACGGACAGGCAGGCGCGCCACGCCGCCGCCGCCGACAGGCAGACGCGGCACGCCAUGAAGAGGAGGAGGAGGAGGAGCAGCGAAUCCCCCGCGAGCAGCACCGCCUCCAGUCCAGAGAGAAAGAGGCGCGUCUCCUCCCGGGUGAGCGGGAAAAGGGAGGCAUCGCCGGCGCCGCCCUCCCGGACCUCCUCCCUGAGGCAGAGCGUUCCGGUCAAAACGCCCCCUCAGCUGCUCAACGGAAAGGCCGACGCGCCGACCGCCGGCCGCACGCGCAGCGCCGCCCGCCACUCCACCCACUCGCCGUCCUCCUCCUCGCACCAGGCCCCGGCGGAGUCCACUCGCUCCCUGAGGGCUCACAACGCCGUGGCGGCCUCAUCGACGCCGGGCCCCGAGAAGGCGACGCCCUCUCCCGCCGCCGCAGAGGGCAGCGGCGGCGGCGGAAGCACCCGGAGGAAACUCCGGACCCCCGUGCGACUCACACCAGGCUCGCCUGCCAGCCCCCCCUCUCAGAGCACAGUGCACCUGAAUGGCCACGGUAGUCACCUGACCCUGGGAGUGGGGAGGAGGGGCCGUAGAUCCAGGGCGGAGCUGCCGGUGAGUCCUCCAGAGGCCGCGACCCCGGGGAGCCCGUCCAGACCGCGAGGCCGCCCCGCCGGCAAGAAGAGAGGCAGGAAGAGCAACCAGGAGCGGGAGGAGGCAAGGAGAGGGAGCGCCACCCGCAGGAGCUCCACCCCCGACGAAGAGCUCGACCAAUCGACGGGCGACGAGGGCGGGACUUCGUCUGCGCAGGAAACGUCCGUGCAGUCGGACUCUGGCGCGGCGUCGACGCCUCGGCGCCGCGGGCGGCCCCGAGCGGUUAGGGCCAUCGAAGCCCCGCCUCCCGCCGAGUCGCCCGAGCCCUCGCCGCCGCCGCUGAGGAGGAGGAGCAGCAGGAGAGCUGCCGAGGAGGUCACGCCCCCUCCGCCGACCGCUCCCGGGCGAUCCAAUCGGAGGGAGUCUGCGGAGGAGGAGGAAGAGGAGGAGGAGGAUGAGGAUGGGGAGGAGGCAGGAGACGAGGCGGGGGGGUCGAUGCGCACGCGUAACCAGGGGCGACGGUCCGCCUGGUACGUGGAGGAGGACUCCGAGGAGGAGCAGAGGCAGCUGCUGUUCGAGGACUCGUCGAUCACGUUCGGCACCUCGUCCAAGGGACGCGUCCGUAAGCUGACGGAAAAGGCCAAAGCCAACCUGAUAGGCUGGUAACCAAGGCAACGGGACAGACGCGAGGAGGAGGACGACGACGACGGAGAAGCAGUCCGGAUGAGGUUUCUCUUCUCCCUUACGUGUUGGAAGUAGUGUGGGGGGGGGGGGCGGCGCCCAUCUGCGCGCUGCUCUUCAGAGCCGCUGGCGACGGAGAGAUGCUCGAAGGCUACCCCCUCCCUCCCUCUCGGUCCGGCAGUCGCUACGGCAACGACGCACGCUCAACCGUCCCACCUCCUCCGGCCCUAUUGGUCCAUGUUGGACCCCCCGCCCAUCCAGCCACCCGCCCCCCUCCCCCGGGAAUUCACGGACUCCUUUGCUGGUGGUGCCGUGAUUCCCUGCUGUGUGAGACCACUCCCCCCCCCCCCACCGUCACCACCACCACCACCCGCCCCCGACGCUGACGGAGCAAAAAGAGCAGAAAGCAGUCGAAGUGUUUGGUGAACUUGGCGAGGAGAGCUGGAUGUGUCUUAUCUCCCUUGGCCGGGGCGGUCUGUGCCCCCCCGCGCCCACCCCCUCCACCCCCCCCACACACACCUCUUCAUGAUCCCGCUCUUUUUUUAUAGAACCCACCUCCACUCGGCUCGCCUCCAAUUUUCUAAGAUUUGUACGUGAUGAUCGGCUCUCUGUUUAUGGAAGUCUAAAAUACCAAAUGGUGUACCUCUGUCGGUACGGUAGAUCUGUAGGUUUUGUUUACUGUGCGGGGGCGUGUGUGUGUGUGGGCGUGCGUGUGUGUGGGCGUGUGUGUGUGCGUGCGUGCGCUCUUUUUGCAUGUUCAUUGGAAGGAAAAAGCAUCUCUUUGUUCUGAUUUCGAAGCUUGUCAUUACUGUGAGGAGAGAACGGCUCAUUUACGUCUCGAUGGAUCGUAGUUCGAUGCGUCCUCAACAUUAGCAAUACCUUGUGCCUUUAUGUGUGUGUGUGUGUGAGUGUGUGUGUGUGUGUGUGUGUGUGUGUGUGUGUGUGUGUGAGUGUGUCACUCACUUUCAGCGUGCAAACAGUGGCAUACAGUUUGAUCGUUGUGAAGACUCUCAAAGAAAUGUAUUUAUAGCGUUUAAAAAAAGAAAAAAAGUGUUUACUGUUGUUGUAAAACCAUUAUUCAUGUUGAUAUAUUAUCCUAUAACCAACCUGUCGUCGGUUUAUACACGCCGUGGAGCUUUGAGAUACACAGGUCUGCUCCCUCGGUUAGUGCAUCUUACAUUUGUUAACUAUGAAAAUGGACUUUUAAAAUGUUGAUGUGUAUCUAUGGUGACCACACACACACACACACACGUAUAAGCGCACACAUCCAGACACAUUUCCGUCUCGCAUGUUCAAGCACUUUGUGGAGCCUGGGGGAAAAGGGGGCGGAGCCAGAUCAAACUGGAUGGGGUGUCUCAUAUUCAUCUUUCUCAUUGUGUGCCUUGGCUUCUCCGGCAUAUUUAAUCCUUGGUUUCUAUUUCUGGGGCCUUUUUAAUCUUGUUUUUGGACCAGCUGCUUGUGCUGAUCUCUGGCUUCAGAGAACUGGACUUUUACGCCUUUUUUUUUAUAACCAAGACGAGACUGAAACAUUCACAAUCUGACUCUCCCUGUAAUGGUUUAUGAGGGGCGGCUGCAGUUUAAAGGUAUAACAUGCAACAUUUUCCUCAAAUACGAAGGAUCGACUCAAUCAGAAAGCAUCACUCAUGACGCCUGACCUUUUAAAUGAGACAUAUUAUACCUUUAUAUGUGUAUCUGACCCCCUGCUGGUGUUGCUUCUUUCUUAUCACAUACUAUUGAACAUAUACAUAUAUCAUGUGUUUUAUUGUUGCGUUUCCUUAUGUCAAUACCAAAUUCUGUCUGUGGGCACUGAAGAUGUAGAACAUGGCUUUUGAAUGUGUUUGUUUUUCGUCUCCUGUGUGUGUGUGUGUGUGUGUGUGUGUGUGUGUGUGUGUGUGUGUGCGUGCGUGUGCGCGUGUGUGUGCUCUCCCUCGUGUGACGGACAGGUCGGGCUUUUGGCGACCACGUGGUUUUAAACUGCGUCGCGGGAGACGAUUAAUACUUUUCUUUUUUUUCUUCACUCGACCGGGCCGACGGAAGCCGGGCUUUUGCCUCACAGAAACAUCUGUUUAUAUUGUGUAUAUGAAGAGUUUUAUUCCAGAUUAACAUAACACACUGACGCCGUCCUCCCCCACGAAUGACUGCUGGCAUGAGAAUAAAUGCUGUGGUUGGGCUUUGUGUUAAAGAUUAAGGAAGCUAAGGAUGUAUUUUAUGGGCUGACAAACUCUUUGUGGGCACAUAACGGAUUGUUUUUUGUUUUUUUUUUGCCUGAUAAAUAAUCAUGAAUCCAUCUGCACAGAUUAUCACAACGUUUUAAACUCGGCCUUCUGAAACCCGACAAAUGAGCUCAAACAAUGUUUACCAGAAAACCGGUAAAGUUCCAAAACGGUUUGGAUGUUCACAUUUUGAAUUAUUAAUAAACAUUGCGGACGUUUAUACCUUUUUAUUCAGCAAAUCCUCCGGGUAGAAGAGCAACCUCGUUUCAAAAGGGGCCUUAAAUGUUUAUCAGCGUGAACUGGUGUGUCGCUAUGGGGGGGGGUCACGGGGUCAUAACUGGGGUGCAGCUUUAUUGAGAAGUUCAGAUCAGCCCUCUCUGCGCUUCACGUACACACACAUUUAGCUUGGGUCCAUGCGUAUGUAUGAGUGGUGCCGUUUGGAGGUUAAAGGUCACUGUGCGUGUGUGUGUGAGAGUGCGUGCGUGUGUGUGUGUGUGUGAGAGAGUGUGAGAAAGAGAGUGAGAGCCGUCAGGAAGCUUUUUGGGGCGUUUUGAGGACGAGGGAGGGGCGCGUGUUUCACGUGAAUCGAAGAGGUCUUUGUUAGUUUGGAUACUUUUUAUAAAUAAAGGAAUUAUUGCAAAACAGAAGCAUAAAGCUAGAAUGUAUGUGUAGAGGAGUUCUGCUGUCCUGUUAGUUCAUACCGAUAUUUUAAGUAAAUAAACAGUUGUGUUUCCAUAACCAC